ACAGAACUCUCUCCCCACAACAGCAAAAAGGAACAUCAAAACUAUUGCAUUGCAUCAAGUGUUUAGAUCACGGUUGUGACAUUUCCGAUAGGAAAUUGCCCAUUCUGCGGAAAAGCGCAAAAAUGAGAAGAAAACUCACCAGUGAUAACCAGGAAACAACUGCCCCUACCAAACCGCAACCGCCUACCAAAGAAACUCGGAAUUCGACACAAAAUGGAAAAAGGGCAAAAAGUUGGAAGAAAAGACCUACCGGUAAAUUUCCACUCACCAACGCUUCUAACCAAAACGUCACUGACAAUUUGAAGAAUUCGAGGCCGAAUGUGAAGAAUUCACGAUGA